AUGCGCAGGCGGCGCCGAAGCAGGCGCGGCGGCGGGAACGCGGCGACGAGACGUCGCGGCGGAGGGACGGGCAGGCGGCGACGAGGCGUCGCGGCGGCAGGAUACGCAGGCGGCGCCGUAGCAGGCGCGGCGGCGGGAACGCGGCGACGUGACGUCGCGGCGGAGGGACGGGCAGCGGGCAGGCGGCGACGAGGCGUCGCGGCGGCAGGAUGCGCAGGCGGCGCCGAAUCAGGCGCGGCGGCGAGAAGGGGAGGCGGCGACAGGGGGUCGCGGCGGGGGGGAGGAGGGGACAGCGGCGUUGCGCUCGCGGCGGUGGAAUCCGCAGGCGAGGAAGGCGUAAUCGCGGCGGGAGGGGGGGGGGAACGGCGGCGACGGCGUAGGCUUGCCACUGCCUCCAAGGACCACACUGCUGUCGUCUGGCAGGCCAUUCCUUCCCUCUCUCCUACGUCAGUCCAGACACGACUCGCUGCUGCUCACAGCCGGCAACGACCCCUCCUUCCCCUUUCCCUUUCCGUCCACACCCCAUCCCUUUUCCAACCCUCCACACCCCAUCCCGCCCCACCUUCUUCAGAUUCUAGACAGCUUCUCCCACCGCCACCUGCGCACCCUAUCAGGUCACUCGCUCCCGCUCUCCUAUGUAGUGUGGAGCCCAGACGACUCGCUGCCGGCAACGAUCAACCCCUUCCCUCUCUCGCCCCCACCCCCCGCUUCCCUUGUCAGAUCGAUGACAGCUUCUCCCACCGUCGCCUGCACACCCUAUCCGGCCAUUCCCUCCCGCUCUCCUACGUGGCGUGGAGCCCAGAUGACUCGCUGCUGCUCACAGCCGGCAACGACCCCUUUGUGUGCCUCUGGGAUGCCACCACUGGCCGCCUGCUCCGCUCCUUCUCCAAACACCACGACGCCAUUUCCGCCUGUGCGUGGUUUCCCUGCGGGCGGCGGUUCUUGUCAGCAUCUGCGGCGACGGAUCGCACAGUGUGUGUGUGGGACGUGGAGGGGGUCGAGCUGCCCUCGUGGGGAGGGGUGGGGCGGCACCUGUGGCAGCAGGAUGGGGGCGAUUUUCCUCGCAUCAACGACCUUGCUGUCAGCUCCGACUGCUCCCAUGUGGUGUCAGUGUGCAAUGAGAAGGAGAUUCGGGUGCACGAGCUUCCCUCGGGAAAAGAGCAUGUGGUGAAAGAGACCAAGUCAAUCACGUCGCUCAGCAUGUCUGUGGACGGCAGGUGGGUGUUGGUGAAUCUAUCAUCAGGCGACAUUCAUCUCUGGUGCAUUCAGGACAUCUGUGCUGUCAAGCCUCCUGACAAGCCAGCUUUUUCCUACAGUGGGCAGGUGCAAGGCCGCUUUGUGAUUCGCUCCUGCUUUGGAGGCCAUGAUCAGCGCUUCAUCAUAAGUGGCAGUGAAGAUGCUCAAGUGUACAUGUGGCAUCGCGACACUGGCGAGGUUAUGGAGGUGCUUCCGGGGCACUCCGGGACAGUAAACGCCGUCUCUUGGCCGACCACCCGGCCACACAUGUUUGCUACAGCCUCGGAUGAUGGCACUGUGCGCAUUUGGGGGCUACCCUCUCUUGUUGCUGGAGGUCUGGGAAUGGAAGUGGGAGGUUCGGAUGGUGGUAUGGGUAUGAAUGUUGAGACGGAUAGGGAGGAUGGUGGGGGGAGUGCGAUGGGGGGAACUGGUGCGGGAGAAGCUGGAGCGGGGGGAGACGGGAAGGGGGAAGCAGGCAUGGGUUCGCCUUUGCCUUUUCCGACCUUAAACGUAUGGGGAGCAGCAGCAGGACGAGGGGCAGGCACGGCAGGGGCAGGCAUGGCAGGAGGCGCAGGCAUGGGAGGAAGAGCAGGCGUGUCAGCUUCAGCGGUGUACCCUUCACCGAAGCUCAGUCGCCUCAACAGCGAGGAGCUCUUCCAGAGCUGGCUAUCCGCUGAUAUAGCCAACUCCCCGAUACAAGCCCUGCCGCCUCGUCCUUUCCCUCCAGUGAACCUCCCCCGUCCCACCUCUUGGCAGCAGUUGCAGCAACGGCUGCUGCCGGAACAGCAGCAGCAGGGACAGGGGCAGCAGCAACAGCAGGUGCAGCAGCAGCAGCAGGUGCAGCAGCAGCAGCAGCAGGUGCAGCAGCAGCAGCAGGUGCAGCAGCAGCAGCAAGUGCAGCAGCAGCAGCAGGUGCAGCAGCAAUACCAAGGGCAGGGCCAAGGGAGUGAUGGUCCAGUGAACGAUGCCAAUGAGUCGUUUCUCUUCGCCAUGCCGUCAGUGAGUGGGUCUGACGUGGCCCAGGGUAUAGGUUCAGGGUCGCAGCAGCAGCAGCAGCAGCAGCAGCAGCAGCAGCAGCAGCAGCAGCAGCAGCAGCAGCAGCAGCAGCAGCAGCAGCAGCAGCAGCAGCAGCAGCAGCAGCAGCAGCAGCAACAACAACAACAGCCGCAGCCAAAUCAGCAGCAACAGCAGCAGCAACCGACCCAGUUCACACCUCCCCAGCAACAGAUAUUGCUGCCCCCCCAACAGCAGAAAACGCCUCCUCAACAGCGCAGCUCUUUUUGCCCUCCCCUGGCUGCCCCCACCACACUCCCCCCACCCACCUCCUCUCUCCGCUCAUCCUGGCGUGCCUUUCUCCACGGACGAGCUGCUGCUGCUGCUGCUGCUGCUGCUGCUGCUGCUGCUGCUGCUGCUGCUGCUGCUGCCUUCAGUCAGGCUAGUCAACAGCCUAAACCCUCCCUCCCUUCACCCGUACCCCCCCCCAUCACAGGCGGCUGGCAGCUGGUUAAUGCCCAGGGCGUGCCUCUCUCAACGGACGAGCUGCUGCAGCGACUGGCGUCGCCCUCGGACCUGCAGGCCACCAUCGCCGCCCUGCAGGGGCCGCUGGGCCACGUCGACCUCGCUGCCCUCUCCUCCUCCGCUGCCGCCCUCGCUGCUGCCAUCCUGGGAAACCUCCAGAUACCUCUUCCUCCUGCUGCUGCUGCUGCCACGGGUGGUGCUGGUAAUCCCGCUGCUGCUGCUGCCACUGCUGGUGGUAAUGGCUUUGCUGCUCCCGUUGCUGCUCCUGGUGUUCCUGGUGCUCCUGGUGCUCCUGGUGCUCCUGGUGCUCCUGGUGCUCCUGGUGCUCCUGGUGUGAGUGCUGGACUGGGAUCAGCAGCAGGUAGGCUCGGGGGGACUCCCCCUAAGCCUCCCAUUCCGCCUUCCCCUGGAGGCAGGGGGACUGGCGCAGGGGGAGGGGGGAGAGGAGCGGGGGCAGGUGGGGUGAUGCUUAGUGGAGUGAGGACAAGGCAGAUGGCACGGGGAGGGCCUGUGCAUCAGCAAGCAGGGUUGAACCCUGGGCUCGCAAACGAGGCUCCAUGGGGAAGAAAGCAGCUCAAAGCCCCACCAGCAGCACCACCCCCCGCUCCACCCCUCUCUCCCCCUCCUCAGCCUCCCCCACCCCCACUCCCCCCCAUUCCGAUGCUCCCUUCCACCAUCCCCAUCUGCACCAACCGCUCACCACCCACUCCCACCGUGCACCUUCCCCAGGUGCACCUUCCCCAGGUGCACCUUCCCCCACUGCAGCAGGUGUACCUUCUCCAGAUAGCCCUCUCGCCUCCCCCAGUCUCCUCUCCCACAGCAGCACAGCAGCAGCUACAGCAGGCGCGGAGGGGUGGGUCUGGCCCUUUGGACCACUACCCCUGUGACGGGCCGUCCCUCGCUAGAACCGGCUCUCUCACUCCCUCUGGCGCUUUUGAGUCGACUCAAAAGCAGCAGGCGAGGAGGGGUGGGUCUGGCCCGUUGGACCACUAUCCCUGUGACGGCGGGCCGUCCCUCGCUAGAACCGGCUCCCUCACUCCCUCUGGCGCCCACACCCCCUCGGCCUGCCUCACUCCCACUGUGCCCCAGUCUCCGUUUGGCGACUCCUCGCGGCAACACAGAGUGGAGCGACAACGCAAAAUGGCGGAGGCCAAGGGGCGCACGGGGGGUGCUGCAGGUGCCGGGUUGGCAUCGCCAGAUGUGGCCAGCUUGAAGCGCAAGUGUGAGACUCUUGAAACGGAGAACCGGAGCCUCAAGACGUUCCAGAGCUUCAUGAACAGGAAGGACUCAGAGCAAACAACGCGGAUAGAGCAGCUGGAGCAGGAGAACGCCCAGCUGCGAGCAGAGAACGAGAGGCUCAGGGAGGAGCUUGCUGCUGCUCGACAGACAGGAAUGGCCAUACCAAGCAUGCCCACCAUGCACGCUGCUGGGAUGGCGCAGCCAUGA